UUUUUUUGGGAUCUGCAGUUUCAACAUAUGAGCUGACAGCCAAGGGUUUAACUGUUGUGGACUUAAUCAGCUCCUUUUGAGACGGCAACCCAAUGGUAGAAUGGUGUCUGUUCAAACUGCCUCUGUUUUGUUAAGCUUUGCACCCCUGUUGGUGCUUAGUGUUCCUCCUAUUUGGACCCAACCAGAGCAGGUGCAUCUCUCCUAUCCAGGAGUGCUGGGCUCCAUGGUGGUGACCUGGACCACGUUUAAUAAGACAGACAGCAAGGUGGAAUAUGGUCUUCAGGGGGGUCGACUCUUCGAGAUGAGUGCCGAAGGAGAUGCUACUGUUUUUGUGGACUCAGGAGAGGAGAAGCGGAAGAUGUUCAUCCACAGAGUCACCCUCACAGGCCUCAAACCUGCUGCCACAUACGUCUACCACUGUGGCAGUGAUGAAGGCUGGAGUGACAUAUUCUCCUUCACCGCUCUGAACAGUAGCUCCAGUUUCAGUCCUAGGUUUGCUCUCUACGGUGAUCUGGGCAACGAGAACCCCCAGUCGCUGGCUCGACUGCAAAAGGAGACUCAGCUUGGCAUGUAUGAUGUCAUCCUGCACAUAGGGGACUUUGCCUACGAUAUGCACGAGGACAAUGCCCGAAUUGGAGAUGAGUUUAUGAGGCAGAUUCAGUCCAUCGCCGCCUAUGUUCCCUACAUGACCUGUCCAGGCAACCAUGAAUCUACAUACAACUUUUCGAACUACAGGAAUCGCUUCAGCAUGCCGGGUCAGACUGAGAGCCUGUGGUACAGCUGGGACCUUGGGUCAGCACACAUCAUCUCCUUCUCUACGGAGGUUUACUUCUACCUUGAAUAUGGCAUGGACCUUAUCUUUAAGCAGUACAAUUGGCUGAAGCAAGAUCUGGAGGAAGCCAACAAGCCGGAGAACAGAGCAGUACGUCCAUGGAUCAUCACCAUGGGACACAGACCCAUGUACUGCUCUGAUGAUGACCAGGAUGACUGCACAAAGUUUGACUCUUGGGUCCGAGUGGGACGCAAUGACAUCAAACCAGCAGCCCCUGGUCUCGAGGAUCUAUUUUACCACUAUGGGGUAGAUGUCGAGCUGUGGGCACAUGAGCACACCUAUGAACGACUCUGGCCUGUGUACGGUGACAAGGUGUACAAUGGAAGCAAAGAGCAGCCCUAUGUAAACCCAAAGGCUCCAGUACAUAUUAUAACAGGCUCUGCUGGCUGCAGAGAGAGAACUGACAGGUUUAAUCCAAACCCCAAAGAGUGGAGCGCUUUCCGCAGCACUGACUAUGGCUACAGCCGCAUGCAAGUGGUUAACACCACCCACAUUUAUUUGGAGCAGGUCUCUGAUGACCAGUAUGGCAAAGUGAUCGACAGCAUAUGGGUGGUGAAAGAAAAGCAUGGUUUCUCUGCCUGGCUGUGAGGACCUUCCUUAAAGAAACAAACAGGAACUACUAACAGAAGCACUUUACCUUUUAGACAAGCAAUCAUGCAGUGAUAUAUUUUGCUAUUUUAUGUAAUUUUGAAGUUCAUCAGCUGUGAAAUCAAAAUAUAAUAAUCUAAUGUAAAUGUAUAUAAUGGGGACCUUGACUUAUAGCUUGUAAACACAAUGUGAAGCCCUCACAUAUGAAUAAUUUUUUUGUUUUUGUUUUUUUUUUGUUAAUUAGCUGCUUUAGUUUGACUUUUCAUUUUAAAGUUUAACUGCAGCACACAUUGUAAAAACAUCCUGAACCUGGCAAACUCAAAAACUCCAUUCAUCCCCAGAGCAAAUCUUUCUCUUCAAAAAUCUGCAAACACACUUAAACGGAUCAAAUCUCCCCCUUUCAGUUUAUCUGGUACAUUAGAUCUCUCUUGGCUAAAUAGGAUUGCAGAACUUUAUUUCAUUGUCCAGAUUUCUGGCUAUCUGAAUCAGAGACAAACUGAUGUCUUUUCUUGCUUACAAGUGUUGUUGUGUAAAGUAAGGGAUGCUUAUGCCUCGUCCUAAGUGACGUAUGCAUGGCACCAUUUUUGCUAAGGUGGUAUGAAUUUCUAAUAACAGUUAGCUGAUUCUGAUGAGUACUGGCAUGAAACCAGUAUAGAUCUGCACGUCUGUGUUUCCAGCUGUUGAGCUGUCCAUUAGCGCCAGAGAGCAAUCACGUCUGCAAAAUUAUGUUGACACAGCGUAGUGUAUAUAUACAAGCGCGCACACACAAAACCAAUGAUCUGUUAACACGACACACUUGAGUUGACAUACAUCACAGUAUUUGGACAGUUUUAGCUAAAGCACAUGCUGUAUUAUGAGAGUUUGUACUGUAUCUUCAACCGCAAAAGAAAACACUGCACAAUUUGCAGUUUUUCAUGGCAAUGAUGGAACAAAGCAUGAAAUCCUACAGCAGUUUGCACAAUGUGUCAAAACAACUUCAGAAGCUCGACGUUUUUGUCGAAAAUACAGGAGUCAAACAUCAGAGCCACGUCUGUAACUAACCACAGAUUUGUUGAACUUUCCUCUGAUGUUAACAUCCUGCAGUGAUGUUAACUGGUCUGGAUGGAGAAAAAGACGCAA